GGAACAGUCACAGUCAAGAGUCAUUCAGCGUCUGCAAUACUCACAACGGAUCGUGUCUGGUCGUUACAGGCUCUGUCGAAGAUCUAUUGAUUCCAUUGUCUGGACAUUACUGGCUGCUCCAGACGAACUGCGGAGUAUAGCCCUACUCUUCUUGCAUAUCGCAUCUGCUUGGCUCAAGAUACCCAUAUCGUUCAACCAAGCUAUCUUUCCUUCAGCCGUCAACUCAAUUUGAUUUGAUAUCCCCCGACCAUCUAAUACUUGAACCAAAGACAAACCCACCAGCACCACAUCCAAAUACCCAUCUCACCUUCUACUACUCGCCAAGACACCACCCACCAUGUCUAUCACUGGCGUCUUCUUCAUCCCCUCCAACCCCAACGCCUCCACCGCCCUCGCAACCAUCACCGACCGUCUGCACACCUCGUUAGCAGACGACCCCGUGCCCGUCGGCCGCUGGGCCCUCGAGCACAAGCUGAUGCGCGACACGCCCUCGUGCGUGCCCGCCGCCGCCUCCAGAGCGCCCCCGGUCCCGCGGUACAUGCAGUUCCUGUCGCUGUCGUAUCACCCGAAUCACGGGUUCAUCUAUACGUCGGCUCCCAAUGCCCAGGCCACGCCCACAGGAGCAGCGGCAGGAGCAGGGUCGAUGAUCAUGACGACCGUGCCGCUACCGUCCAGCGGCACGCUGUUCCAGCACUUCAUGUACGCCGCGCAGCCGCUGUGGUGCCAUCGACAUAGCGUGGCGGUGCCGGGCGGCGCGGUCUACGACGUGGGUGAUUUCCGGGUGCGCGUGGGCGACGUGCGUCAGACGCAGCCGACGGGGAGGGUGCGUGGGACCGUGGUCGAGAUUGAGUGGCGGGGGCCGUCGCUGGUGAGGUCUAUUGCGAUGCAGAUGCAGAGGGUGGGUUCUUUGGCUGGGUCUGGGAAAGUGGGUGGUGGCGAGGAGGAGGAUGACGACUCUGCGGUUGGGCUGCUCUUCGCGGAGAGCGUCGAGGAGGCGGAUAUUGAUGCUGAGUAUGCCGCGACGACGGCGCUGAUUCGGGAGUUCUGGGGGAAGCUGGGGGUUGAAGGGGCGAGGGAGGCGAUGAUGCUGCCGGAUGUCGGGAAGGAGGUGAAGGGGAUGUUGAGGAAGUUGAAGCAGAAGCAGGACCGAUCGGGAGAGAGUCUGGGGGAGAAGGAUGAGGACCCGGAUCCGGAGGCUGGGGUGGAUGUGGCCAGGCAGUUUAUGGAGAUAUUCCGGUUCAACCGAUGA